CGAAGUGCGGACGAGAGCUCCCAGAAGAGCGACGACCAAGGAAGACAGUCAUGAGCUGCGACCACUACAAGCGCGGUUGCCACCUCUUCGCCGAAUGCUGUAACCAGUGGUUCCCUUGCCGCGUGUGCCACAACGAGGCUCAGGAUGGGCACGAGAUGGACCGCCACGCCGUGACGCGCGUGCGUUGCCGCAAGUGCUUUACGGAGCAGCCACCGCAGCAGACCUGCUCCAAGUGCUCCUUUGUGCUCGGCAAGUACUUUUGCAGCGUUUGCAACCUCUUUGACGACGAGGGCGACGAGAAAGGCAUCUUCCACUGCAACGAUUGCGGCAUCUGCCGUGUCGGUGGCCGCGACAAGUUCUUUCACUGCAUGACGUGCGGCGGCUGCUACGCCCAGGAUCGACGGGACAAGCACGUAUGCAUCAACCAGGCAAUGCGCCAGGAAUGCUGCAUCUGCUACGAGAGCUUGUUCGAAGCGCGGGAAAGUCCCUCUGUGCUUCCAUGCGGCCACGUCCUUCACGGCGCCUGCUAUGAUGAGAUGACGAAGUACCAGUACGGCCAAAUCACAUUUUGCCCGCAAACGCACAUGCCUUGUAGCAUUGCUUGUCCGCUUUGUCGCAAAUCGCUGCUCUCGGAGCGCGCCCAGCGACGCCUGGAACGGCUGAUGCGCCGCGAGGCUGCUGCCGACGGGUCCGAGGCCGGCAACGAAGGUGGCGAGGACGACGGAAGCAGCCAUGAGGGGCCCGUCGUGGUUUUUGCCGACGACGAUGGCGAUGACGUCUUUAGCGCGAGUGACGUGGACGACUCGGAUAUCAGCGAUAGCGAAAUGAGCGAUGUGGACGACGGCGAGAGCAGCCACAGCAUCGAAGACGUGCAAGCGCCGACCGAUGGCACCCAAUAGCGUAACCAUGCAACAACGCUGGGUCUCUAUGCUGCUGCAUCC